UAUCACCAGGCCCGGUGGAAACCCAUGUCUGGGGAAGGGCCGUGGAUCACAGUCAUGCUCAACUACGAUGGGGGUGAUGAAGUGAGGAUGAAGAUUAACGUAGAAGGGGCCAGAGAGGUGGAGAUGCGGACUGAUGGAAAACUACAGGACGCGAUCACGGAGGCGAAAGAUCGUGCGGAGAGGCAUUGCAGGAGGGACGGAGUGACAACAAGAUUGCAGGUAACGGUCUCGUAUCAUGAGACCGAGACCUCAAUGGACACAGCGGACCUGGAACAAGCCCAUCUGGAUCGGGACUCAGGGGGGGGGAGCGAGAUGAGCGAGGCAGGAGAUCGGGAGACGGACCUCAGGUCCUGGAAUAGACCAGGCAAGAUCGAGAGGUAUCACCGAGCCGCGAAGCCGGUGGAAGAGGGACCCGAGGCCAGCUCUCGACAGCUGACCCCCAGAGGCCGCGGGACGGGUGAGAGGCAGAACAGGGGGAAAAGACAGACCAGUUUUGCUGAUGGCACUAUCCACGAUCUGAGGCCCUAUCUGAAGAAGGGCAAAGAGGCUCAUGAGCAUUUUGAUGCAGCGUGGAUCUCCGCCACGAGGUAUCUCGAGCAGAGGGAGAGAGAAAUCGAUGAGAGCGGUACCAAACUAAUUCUCAGCUUUGGGCCCAAACUUUAUACGGAUUAUCCUAAGCCUCCCGUUCCUUUCCUUCUCACAGAUGACACGGGUUGGCAUGAUAUGAUCGGCUUGGCAAAAAUGUAUAUCUCUCCAGCGGUGAUCGACAUUGAGGCACUGACAGAGCCAACCGAGUACCCAUACCUCAGGCGAGGAGUCUUCUCAGUGGACGGGUUGCCUACAUUGUGGGAGGAGUUCUGCUCCAUGGUUAACUUUCGUGUCAUGUAUUUUGGAUGGUCAUGCUCAGAGCUUGCUGGCUUCAGGUGACACUUUGUCACGAGGCCUCAGUCUCAGACUGUACGUGGGCGUGGGUCAUAGCACUAGAGACAAGCAACGGAACGAG